AUGCUAGACCAUGUGGAGCGCCAGAAAGAAAGCCUGCAGUGUGAGCAAGAACGGUGGGCUGAGUGGCAUGCGAUUCAAGAGGAAGCUUUAAUGGAGCAGAUUCGGCAUGUGGAGAGUCAGGAGGACGACUUGGUGCGUCGAGAGAUGAUUUUGGCCGAUGCGUUUCGAAGUUUGGAAAGAGACGCGAUUGAGCUGGACCAAAGGCAGCGGCUGAUUGAAAAGGAGCGAAAGGCGCUACAGACGGAGAAGCGCGAAUUCCAGCACCUCUGGGCCCGCAGUCGCCAGCCUCAGUCCACGUCCGACUACGACUCGGACGCCUCCGAAACCCGCCGCGUGCCGGUGGUCACCCUUCAUUCGAACCUCGACCAGGAGUGGUACAUCGGGGAUCCCGAAGGCGGCGCUGACGACGACAGUCUACACUGGGACUCCCAGGCCCUCUCCCGACACCAAGACCGGACUUCUGCCUUGGGGGAUCGCGAUCGAGAUCGAGACCGAGAUCGAGAGCUGGAACGCAGUCGAAGGAAUGCUGGGGCGGAUUCCUACGACGGCCAUGAGCAGUGGGCGGCUCGGCAUGGGCCCUCUUCAUUCGGGGAACGGAGUCGAGACUUGGAACGGAGUCGAGACCUGGAGCGAAAUCGAGACUUGGAACGAAGCCGAGCCUUAGAGCGUAAUCGAAGGCACCCUGGUGACGAGGGCAACGAGCACUGUUCCGGUCGGUACGUGAGGGACUCCGGCGGAGGCGGCUACGGGACGCGGGAAGGUCCGAAGACGGCUUGGUAUAGAAGUCCACCGGAAGGGGCGCGGGGCCACCGUACGAGGAAGCAGGUGGAGUUCGGGCCUCCGCCGCGGCCGCACAGUGCGCGGGUAGCACAGGAAACGCCUUCGGUUGACGAAGACCGACCGACCUCGGAGCGGAUGGCCAAAGCCGGGUUCGAAGUGCGCGUGAACAGUCCUGACAAUACACGCAUCCAUGUCAAGUAUAUGGACCCGAAGUAUGCUGAUAUGGUGGACGCGAAAUACAAGCCUUUGGAGAAAGCCUCUGGAAUAACUCACUCGGGAGGGCCCUCUGGAAUAACCCACCCAGAGAAUGUCUCUGGAAUUGGCUCCCACAGCUGGCUGGAAACAAACAAUGCGCUCCGGUCCCGGAAUGAGUUGUUCCGGUCGUUGCCGUUGGUCGACUCGUCCAAUAGCGGCAACAAGCAGAAGGUACCCGCCGGGACGCAGGUCGUCUCCGAACAAGUCCGCAGCCGCAUCAAAAGUCUUCGCGACGCAGUGCUGCCCACCUGCGGGAACGUUCAAGACGAAAGCGAUCCCGGACAAGACCAAGACCCGCCGGGCAAUGAGCUCCGCAUCUCUGAGAUCGUCCGCAACGCCGGCAAGGCCGCCUCCGACAAAGGCUCCUUCGAACACUACGAACAAGUCCUCCUGCCACGCAAGUCCAGCAGCCUAGAACACCGGCUAAGUAAGAAACGCCUCUGCUGUCCUUUCCACUGA